AUGCCAUCUGCAUUCAACCUUAUCCCUCCUUCUGAUGUUGCACUACAGGGAAAAACCAGGAAUUUCACUCACCCUGCCCUCAAGGAAGCUGUCAUACAAUUCUACUAUACUGGGACCUAUCGAAUCAUGGAUAAGCAUCCUGAAUCCUUCAACAAUUCAGUUCCCCUUUCCUGUCUGGCUCUCAUUGCAGCUGCAUAUCAUUGUGUGUUGGAUGGAUUUGCAAAGAAUGGCACAGGAAAGAUGAUGCCUCAAUUCUCCAGCAAGGCUUACAAUUCCAUUUUCCAUGGCAUGAUGAAGGUACUGAACAACAUCCUUCAUAAUCCCUAUCACAGCAUGAGGUUACAUGAUCAGCUUUCUCAGUGGGCAAAGAAAGGAUGGGCUGCACUGCAAGAGGUUGAUUUGAAUUAUGCAAUUGAUGCCAAUGCUCCUGCUCCUGUCAUACCUGCUCAAUCCAUAUGCUUUUGUUUGAAAGACUUUGUAACUAUGGACACCACACACUCCCUCCAAAUGCAUCCAGGAGGGCCCAGAGGGCUUUUUACAUGCCACAAGAAAUCAAGUAGCACUAGCAUUCGUGGGGGGUUUCUACUCGGAACACUAGGACCUAGUGGUUGGGUAUCAGAGAUACACAAGAAUGGUACACUGGUCAAAGUAUUCGAGAUGUUCCUUGGCUCUCCACGAAUGGGUGCUCAAGGGAAAACCUUCAUCUCUGUGGAAGGCAGACACACCGACGAAGACGACACAUGGAUGCUCAGGGGAACCUUCGUUUUCAGUGGGAAAGACAGGUUGAGACCGAUGCUAGGGGAAUUGUAUGCUGCUUGCAGGGCCCUUGAUAGUGGAACCAGACGAUCGAGGAUCCAUAUAGGCGGAUUGCGGGUGUGCGGGGGAGCCGAAAGCCUUAAUGUCAUCGUUCCAUGUAUCAGUAACCAAGCCAAGAAGCUCCACUGGCGUGGAGAACCUCGUCGACAAGAACUUCCCCUGAGCUCAGUUCAUUGCUCAGAGGCUAUCUCCCACUACUUCAACGGUGCGUGGCCGUUCAGUGUUAGAAGGUCGGCCUGGUGUCAGGUUCGGGCCAAAGUAAAGGGACACCUUGACGAGGACCCGGGCCUGUCAGCGCCCACACCUCAGCCUGAUACCCCGAAUCUGGCAUGGCUUGCCCAGGCAACAUGUUCGUGGCCCAAGUCAAAAGUUUCGCAAGCGACGUGAACCGGUACAUUCGUCUGCAACAUAGCGCAAGCUCUUUCGCCUCUUAGUCGAUGAGGAAUAUAAAAGCCAGCAAACAUCCGAAGUCCUCUGCGCCGUAUUCACUCGAUUCGAACAAAAAACUCGGCAUGCUUUAGAUGCACAAAGGACUCAUUAUCACGGGCCAGGUGUAUCAGUGAUAUGUUGAUUGUGGCUCAGCAAGAUACUGCCUGUGCACAGGAGAAGCCGAGGUUGUAGUUGUGUAAGUUACAGGCGGGGACCUUUG